GGAAGCAGUAUCAGAGCCCACACCACAGACAACGAUGGAGACCCUUUAUAAAAAGAUAGAGGAGGUCAAAGAGGAGAUGACGAAGAAUGUGAAACAAGUACUAGACCGCAACGACAACCUGGAUACACUGAACAAAACAUCAGAAGACCUGAAAAAAUGGGCUGAAAUCUUUGAGUGGAAGACUGGGAAAGUGGCUCAGUCCUACUGCUGGAAGAGAGCCAAGCUGAUCACCGUCAUUGUGGUUGUUGUCCUCAUCAUCAUCCUCAUCGUCAUCCUCCUGGCCACUGGGGUCAUCCCUGUUAAUAUCCAUUCCCCUCCAGUUACUCCAACCUCCAAACCAUAAAGACGUACAUCCAUGCAUUCCUACUGCGAUGUACAAAAAUGCACUUCUGAAGUUACAGCUGAGUGUUCUUACUUAUUUGCAUCUUCUGAAAGACACUGAUUACAACAAAACCUACUAAUUAUACUGUAUGAUAGGCAUCAAUAUUUAUAUAUUAAAAUAUUAAGCAGUUAUCUAUACCAGGACUGGUGUUAAACAAAAUGGGAAGAAAUACAGUGUAUAAGAGAGAUUUGUUUUCAUUGUGCUUUUUAUUGCGACAUCAUACAGACCAUAAUGAAGCCUCUUGACUGUAAAAUGUGUAAAAUGUACUUUAUCUACAAUUAUAACCAUGUGCAGAAUAAUCAUAAUCAUAUACUUUUAAAUUUUAAUUUAUCGCAAAUAAAUUCUUUAUAAAAUGUAAGGUUACAGUUUUCAACAUAUGGUUUACAUUAUUAGUCAUAUGGUUUACAUUUUACAUGUUGCUCCAGUGGAAACAAUAAAGCAAAUGCCUCU